AUGAGGCCGCGAGGCCCCGGGGCUCUAUUGCGCAACAAAGAGGACCCAGAACUUGAAAGGAUUCCCCGGGCUCGGGCUGCUCCCGCAGGGCUCGCAAGGGCCUGCGCCCCCGGCUUCCGCCCCACUUUGGUCUCCGCCCGCGCUGCCGCCGAUCGGUCCCGCAGAGCCGGGCCGGGCCGCCGCCCAGGGCGGGAUGCGCAGCGCGGAGCCUUCGCGUCCCCUCACGCGCCCUCGCCCGUCCCCCACCCCAGCGGUCCCCGACCCCCGAACGGGUGCGCCCCGCCUGCCGGGCCUCAGUGGGUCCCCCAGUCCGGCCCAACCCCGAGGGCGCGCCCGAGCGGCGGCCUGGGGAGCCGGAUGCUGGCGGGACUGCGGCCCCCGGACACCCUCCGGGCUGCACUCGGCAGGGAUGGGCCUGGGACCCCAAACCCGCCCCCUCGUCCCUGGCGAGACCCCGGGGACGGCGCUGCCAGGCCCGGAGGCGGGCGGACGGAGAGAGGGCUUGGCCCCGGGGAAGUUACCCCGAAGGUCCCCAAGUCGGGGGGAGGUGCCAGCCCUGAGCGGUGCCCGCGGCCCCUCGGACGGACCCCGCGACCGACAGAGCGCGGACAGCCCCCACCCCGCCGAGUCCUCCCGCCCGGCCGCCCCCGGGCCGGGGCGGCGGCGCUCACCCUGCACUCGGGCGCCCGGGGCUCCUGCGCGCCGCUCCCAGCUCCGGCUGCCGUUCCCGCGCCCCCGGGCCGAGCGCGGGCCGCCGGGCACGGCGGGGGUGGCCGGCGGCGGAGCUGCCCGCGGGCCGGGGCAUCCUGGCGGCGGCCACGGGUGGCCGGCGCGCUCCGCUUGGCUCCGCCCGGCCGCCCCUCCCACCCUCCCUCCCCUCGGCCCGGCCCCGCCGCCCCUUCCUCCCGCCCACCCUCCGCUCGGCGCCUCCGCCGCGGCCGCGCUCCGCUCCCGCCGCUCCGCUGGCUGCGCUCGGCCGCCGGGGGCGGGGGGCGGAGCAGGGCGCACGUCCCCGCCCGGAGCCUCCGCCCCGCCCUCGCCCCGCCCCCCCCGCCCGCUGGGAGGCGGGACCGGCCGCCGCGUCCGUCUGUCCGUCUGCGCUCCACCUUCCCCCCACCCUCCCGACCACCACGCCGCGGCCGCUCGCUCCCGUCUUGGGUCGGUCCACGUUCCCGACGCCUUCGGAGCCCUGGGGGGUCGUGGGCCAGAAACGGGCAGUGA